CUUUUGUUGGGCGUUCACCGUUGAAAAGUACCCCUUGUGCUAGCGCAGGGCGCUUUGAUUCCCUUGUAUCCCCGGUUCCCAUUCAGAUGGCCACUAGUCCUCGACGAUUCUCUGCAUUCGAUUUCAGGGACAGGGAUGACACGAUUUCCCAGUUCCAUCCCGAUGUCCAGCCCAAGAAUGGGGCGAAUCUGCAGAGGAAUAAGUCUGAGCGCAGUCGCCUCCAGCCCUUGAUGCGCGCUGACACUUCUGCGACGCAACCGCCACUUCCGAAGCCAAAGUUAAAGGGUGUGACGGGUUGGCAAGCGCAGUGGGACGCCUGGAUGGUCAACGAAGGAGGAAAGCGCAUUUUCUUUUUCGUCUUCCUGUUCUUGCAUGCGCUUGUUUUUGCGUUCAGUUUCAUGAACUAUGAUCUCAGCGAUAAUCUGACGAAGGCAAGAAAGGCCUUUGGUAUCACGUAUCCUAUUGCCCGUUCUGCUGCUCUUAUCCUUCACGUUGACGUGGUUUUCAUCCUGCUCCCCAUUUGCCGUAAUUUUAUAUCCCUCCUUCGCCGAACACAACUCAGCAAUAUAAUCCCAUUUGACAAGAACAUCACAUUCCAUAAAGCAGUGGGAUGGUCCAUCGUCACUUUCACUGGCGUUCAUAUCCUCGCGCACAUGGUCAAUUUUUGGGAGCUCGCUAAAUUAACAGCUCCUCCCAAAGCUAACUUCAGACAGGUACUUGCUAAGUUCUUUGAAGUGAAUUCUACGACAGGUCCUGCUGUCACGGGUUGGAUCAUGACUAUUUCGCUUGCGGUAAUGGUUUGGUUCGCCCGUGAAAGCAAGAAGCGUCAACCAAAUGGGGGGUUUGAGAGGUUUUGGUAUACGCACCACCUGUUCAUUGUGUUCUUCAUCAACUGGCAGCUCCAUGGAAUGUUUUGUAUGAUUAAGCCUGACAAUCCGCCUUAUUGCUCAUCUAACACCAUCGGAGUCUUCUGGCGAUACUGGUUUGUGGGAGGUGUCAUCUUUAUUUACGAGCGCAUUCUUCGCGAAAUCCGAUCUCGACAUCGCACAUAUAUCUCCAAGGUUAUCCAGCAUCCCUCGAGCGUACUAGAGGUUCAAAUCAAAAAGGAGAAAAUUACCACUCGCGCCGGACAGUACAUAUUCAUCAACUGUCCAGAGGUGUCGUAUUUCCAGUGGCAUCCUUUUACCUUGACCAGUGCUCCUGAAGAAGACUAUAUAUCGAUUCAUAUUCGAGUUCAAGGCGACUUCACGACAGCAUUUGCUGCAGUAUUAGGAGCUGACUUCUCAAAGGAUAAGGAUAGAAAGGACGAUGCUUCGAUUGUUGUGCGGCCCCCCUUGAACCGCGUCCUGCCGCGAAUCAUGGUCGAUGGACCUUUUGGCAGCGCAUCGGAAGAUUUUUUCAAGUUCGAGAGUGUGCUUCUGGUUGGAGCGGGGAUUGGCGUAACGCCCUUUGCAUCAAUUCUGAAGUCCAUCUGGUAUCGCAUGAACAACUUAAACACUUCUGGCAAACACACUCGUUUAAGCAAAGUUUAUUUUACCUGGGUCAUCCGCGAUUUCGGGACAGCUGAAUGGUUCCAUUCACUCCUACACGCGAUCGAAGAGCAAGAUUAUCAAAAUCGAAUAGAGAUUAGUAUUUACCUCACUGCCAAGAUCAAGGAGGAUGAUAUGAACAAUAUUCUGGUGCAAGACGUUGGAGCGGAGAAAGAUGCGAUCACGUCGCUCCGGGCACCUACACAUUUCGGACGACCUAAUUGGGAUCGAGUUUUUAGCAGCAUUGUGGACCGCCAUCCUGAUACUGACAUUGGCGUGUUUUUCUGCGGCCCCCCUGCUCUAUCAAAGACGCUUCACAUUAUGUCAAACAAAUAUACAACAGCGCAAGGGACAAGAUUCUUCUUCGGGAAAGAGAACUUCUGAUAAGAGAACGGAAACAUGUAUGCCUUCACAAUCCUGUAUUUUACCUGUCUGCGUUUGCCUCCUGGAUGUUUUGGCACAAAGGCGCACCUGUAAUUAGCCGACGAUCUGUUCGCACUGUCCUAGUGACACGCGGUUGAGUUGAUCCCAAUAAUACACUUCACAGCAAUGUA